AUGGAUUCAAAUCGAAGCAUAUUUGAACUGAAGUCUGCCUUUCUAAGAGCUCAGGUUCGUAUAUUUGCGGAGAGCCUCGACCUACCUGGAGAUUGGCGCAACUAUGCCCCUCAAACUGAAGAGGAACAUCUGAGUGACAAAGUCAUUGAGGAUGUUUUACACAAAGCUGCCAAGCAGCACAAUCGCGUCGUUUAUUCCUCCCAGGCAAUACAUCACGUAGCCCAGCAAAUUACCAGUCUAUACUGGUCGUCGGCCAGUCAAGAGGCACGCAGUCAGGCCACUUUUGCGCGGGGCAUCGACAAGACCACGGAUUUGUCGAGGCAGAUGAACAUCACAAACCUGCCUGUCGAUCUGGAAAGCCUGGAAGCGAGCGAAGAGGAUCAUGCAAGUUACCGGCAGCUCCGCGAGCAGCUCACGGCGCUGGAUAUGAGACGGCAGCAGCGACAACGGCGCCUGGAUCAAUUGCAGCACGUCCAACGGUUACUUGAGCCUUUUGAGGAUCCGCAGAAAGACAUUCAACCCAACCUUAUCACCAAAGAUGGGGAGCUCGUUCAAGAACUCGACAAAAUGCGCAUGCUGGUGGCCAGAGUGGGCGGCAGGAUUGCACAGCAGAAAGGAAGCAGCGAUCUCCCUGAAAACACCGAUUACUCGCUUCCAGGCUCUGAUCGGAGAUUGGCGGAACUGAUGGAUAUGUCUUGA